AUGGCUCAUUGCUCGGAGGCUGAGAGGCUCUUCGCGGUGCUUCGCGUGGAGCGAGUUUCUGAAAUCUCCGGUUGGGACUAUCACUGCGUUUACGACAUUCUGCUGGAGUUUCUUCGCCACGACAUUAUGGAUCUCGUCUCGCUGAUGCUGCCGAGAGAGGGCGCCAUGCUCUUCGCUGUCAGGGACAUUCUCACGUUUCUCAAGUGCGAUGCUGGAGAGUGCAUUCUGUCUGGCCAGUUUUUGGCCCCACAUCGGGGUGCUCAGGACUUGCUGGUGUCUGGGGGUCCCGCGGUUCGACGCAUCCGGGAAAACUCUCGAGUCUUGGCAUCGUUCACCCUUGGCUCGGGAGCCGGUCGUCAUGGCCUCAUGUGGUUACAGCAGCAGUACAGGCUGGCGGAUCAGGACAGGGGCAUAGCGGCCACGAUGGCCGCCCAGUUGUGGGAUGUGUUGCGGGAGCGGGGGCUGCAGUCUUUGGCGCCUUUGCUUCUCGAAGCUAAAGUAGUUUCUCUCGAUGGUGUGCGGGCGCAUCGCGACACCCUACGAGAGGCUGGAGUUACUGAGCCACAGCUGCGACUGCUGCUUUCGGAAGAGGCCGCGGAUGACGGUGUGCCACUGCCCGCGAGGCGGCAGGACUUGCCAGUAGUGCAUAAGCGGAAGCGGGCCAGUUUUCAGGCAUCAAUGGAAGCAGCUGCCCCGGAGAAUCGGGCAGCGAGUUUGCGACGAUUGCAUGAGGAUUUUAUGGCCCCAUCGAGCUCAGGGCCGCUUAACAGUCGCAUCCGGACGUGGUGCGAGUGGAGCGCUGCCUGGAAAGUCGCGCCCUUUCUGCUCUCGUAUCAAACGAUUAGCUGUUGUGCGGCCAGUAUGAAAGCUGGCGGUUACAGGUCCUGUGCGCAGUAUUUUAGCGCAGCCGUCAAGCAUCAGGAAAGGACUUUGCAAGUGCCAGUCGAGCCCAAUCUCAAGGCUCUCAUACGCGAUUGCAAGCGGAGCAUAUUGCGUGGUCUGGGCCCCGAUCAGCUGAAGGAUUCCUUCGAAGUGCCCAAGUUGCGGGCAUUGAUUCCCGCGACGGAUUGGGGGAUCGCUCCCUGGGACCCGAGCGAUGUGCAUUCGUGGUUGGAUGCAGUGAUUAUAAGUUUGUGGUUCAUGUUCAGAGAGGUGGAGCUUGCCUCGUUGCGUCGGGGUCACUUCUAUCUCGAGGAUGGCCAAGUGGUGGUUCUUAUCGCCAGUGAAAAGAAGGACACUCAGGGCUCCCUCACGACUCGGAGCCUCACGUGCUCAUGUCGCUUCAAGCGACAGGUCUUCUGUCCAUUCCAUGCAGCUCGACGGCACCUGCAGCGCUUGCAUCAGUUUGAGAUCGCACGCGGAGCCAAGGCCGACUUCGCCUUCCCUGACCCCUCGGGACAGGAACUUUCCAAGGCUGCUGUUGUUAGGGGAUUUCGCUCGGUUUUGCACGCAGCCGGCAUAGCUUUGACACGGCCAGACGAAGCGGGUGUUCAUGUACAACGUUUUCAUGGGCACAUGUGUCGAGUUUCUGGCGCGCAAUGGUUGAUCUCCCUCAAUCUGGCAGUUCAUUUGGUCCAGAUACUCGGGCGUUGGAGUUCCGCCGCUAUCUGGAAAUAUGUACAGAGCACGCCUUUGCUGCAAUUGCCCGCAGCGACGGCUCAGGCUCUCUGUUCCGGGGAUACGGCAGUCAGUUUCGAGGAGUCCGCUGAGGUCACCGAGGCCGUUGCUUGUCCAUCGGCGGCGCCAGCGGCGUCGAGCAGCCAGUCCCCGACCAUGCAGGACUUGCUAGCCAUUCGUGAAGAGAUGGAGGCCCUUCGCAGCGCAGCCAAGCCUAGGGGGGAGACUUUCGUACAAUCGGUGCGAUCCCGAGUCAUCCAUCGGAUCAAGGUGGACGAGGAAAGCAAUCCUCCUAAGAAAUGGAGGACGGUUUGUGGAUGGCCCUACGGGGUCCGCAAUUUCACUCGUGUACUUGCAGCAGAAGCAUCGGAUGACAAGUGUUGUCAGCGGUGCUGGGAACCACGUGACGAUGAAUCGUCGUCGUCAUCAUCCUAUCCCUCGUCCGGGUCUAGCAACAAUUCGGCCGAUGCCGAGAGCAGUUCUGAUAUCGGCGAGUAUGCCUGCGGCAACGUGUCGAGGCAAAAGGAGUGGAUCGAUUCUGGAUCCGUUUUUGCCCUGCAGUGUGAUUGUGGAUUGGUAAGCUUCUACAUUAGCAGCGCAUCCAUGUCGGAACCAUCGAUCGAUGAGCUUGCUCUCCAAGCCGGAGCCGGGGGCGAGAUCAAACGAUAUUUGAGCGAACGCGGGAUUCGCUCUUCUGGCGCUCUUGCAUUGAUAGCAAAGGACCAGGACCAAUUCGACAACCUGAUCGUGGGACCACUCCUCGAUGGCUGGCGCCCCGAUCCGAUGCAGCCUGGGAUCGACUUGAGCGAGGUUGAGAAACCAAUCGCCAAAGCAACCCUUCGCUUCAUGUGGUGCUUGGCGGUCGAGCACAGACAGAAGGCGGCUGCAGCGGCGACCGCACCCAUUGCUUCUCCGCCGGCUUCUUCAGCGGCGCUUGGAACAUCGACUCCCGCGGAUGCUUCCGCCGCCAAGGUUCCUAAGACGUUACCGGCUGGCGAAUGGCGGACUCUCAUCGAGAGGUACAAUGGUGUUCUUCUGAAUGGUCAGAAGCGCAUCUUCCCUGAGAGGGAGUUGCUAGGGGCGGAAUCCGUGGUCGCCCGGGUUCUCCACGAACACCGGGUGACCAAACAAUACUCUCCGAUCCAACUAGGAGAGAUACUUCAGCGCCGCAGCUUUCAAUCCAACGGUGAAGUCAAUCCACUGGCCAAACGCAGUCGGUCAACUCGAUUGUCCGUCGAGGACGGCAUCUUGCUCGAAGAGCCGCGCGCUGAGGAAGACUGGGUGCCUCGUGGCUCGCUGAGCACCAUGGACGGCCUCAACAGUAUCCGAUGGUGUUAUGUUUUGUGCGAGCUCGGCCCAGAGCUUGAGAUUCAUGAAUAUUUCGAUUCCAUGGUUCGCAAGUCCCGUCUUCGCAACAAUCAGGUGCAGCGGUUCAAGGCUUAUUUUGAGCAGGCGUCGUGGCGGCUCUGCGCACGCUUGAGGGCCAAUCACACGUGGAAGGAGGCGGCUCAGGAGAUCAUGUCUGACGUCGCGGCGUUCCAAGAGGCCAUGCUCAAGGAGGAGCCCGCGGUUCCUUCCCCCAAUAAGCGCAAGUUCGAGGAGACGCAGCUUGGUGAGCAUUCGUGGAUCCCGCAGCCGAGGAAGGGCAAAGGCAAAGAGAAGGGCAAGACGAAUGGUGGUCGCAAGGGCACCGGGAAAGGUAAGAAUCAGUGGAAGUCGAGUUCGAGUUCUUGGGAGCGUCCGUGGCAUUCCUGGUCUCGAGAUUGGUUCUAUCUUUCUCAGCUGACGGGCACUGUCGACCGGGUGUCUGUGGAUGGGGAUACUCAGGCUGAACCGACGGAUUCGUCGAGCGGUCUCGGAGGCGAUGCUGGCUCAGGUCCGAGUGCUCCACCAGUGAACGAGUCUCCGAGCGGCUCUCCGGCCAAGCCGUUGGAGUCAAAGAGUCCGAGUGUCGCCGACAGUGCGUCUGUUUCCAAGCCACCGCUUCAUGUGACUCUUCCCCCCCUCAGCGGCAUCGAUGACGUGAUCAUCCUUUCCAUGUUUGAUGGCAUGGGUUCAGCCGUCUUCGCAGUGCAACAACUGGGGGUGCGGAUCCGGGCCCUGUUCGUCUGGGAGAUUGAUGCAGCCGCAGUUCGGGUCUCGAACACAUUGUUCAAGGGUUUAAGGUUUCAACGAGGCGACUUGGAGGCGGAUGAUGCGGCCACGGUCGCCCACAUGUUGCAGCAGAUGGACCCCGGUGCUCGCUCACCCAUCCUUGUGCUAGCGGGGCCCCCGUGCCCUGACUAUUCUCGCUUGAAGGAGGGCGACGGUAGGCAGGGCAAGACUGGUCGUUUGUUUCAGACUUUUUGUGAUUUCCUUGACGCUCUGGAACAUCACCUGUCCGAUCGAGUUCUUCACAUCAUAGCUGAGAAUGUGCUGAUGAAUCGCAAGGAGGACGUCGACUACUUCAGUCGCCGCAUGCGGUGCUCUCCCACUUUGAUAUGUGCCAGCGAUUUCGGCCUCAUCAGCCGCCCGAGGCUUUGGUGGACGCGGCUUGAUUUCGGCGUCUCCAAAACAAACCCCGUUACGGGGAAGCCCAUGAGGUGGAGCAAGGCUCAUGGGCAGCAUCGGCUUCACAUCGAUCCUCCACGAGAUGAUCCGAAGGCCAUCAAGAUGCCCGGUCUGGAGUUCCAUCAGUCCAUUUUGGACGGCAGCCGCCGGUUGCCAUGCCUGACAACGCCAGCGGCCAGUGACGCUGGUCGCGAGCCGCCUCGGAGUCUCCGCGGCGAGGUGGAUGCAGGCACUCGUCGGCGGUGGCUCGAAGGAGGCCGCCAAUAUGCUCCAUGGAAUUACGGUGAAUCAUCCAUGGUAUCGUCUGCGGAUGGAGAGCGCCAGCUGCUACCUGCAGAAGUGAAAGAGCAAGCUCAUCACUUUUUCUCAGGCGUCUCCCGGGUUCAGAACGUCUCGCCCAAGGACAGGCAUCGCCUUUUGGGCAACAGUUGGCACGUGGGUGUUGCCAAGUUCGUCAUCUGGCUGGUCUUGUCACAGAUAGUUCAGUCUCGAGCUGAUGCGGUUCCCGGGCAGCCGACCACACAUGAUCCAUUUCUUUCCGAGGUGUUGCAGCAGUGUCGUGCACGAGAGUUGCCACUCAGUCGAGGCCCAGACUGGCCAGUUUUUGCUUGCAUGCCUCCCACUGAUUCUGAGUGGGAACACUGGUUUCUGAGUUACACGGCUGAGCACCCUCUGCUGUGUGAGCCUAGGGUGAGCCGCGCUUUAGAGCUCGUGUAUGCUCAGAUCGCGAGCCUCGGAGAAGGCAUUGACUCUUACCGCCGGUCUGUUUUGGCGAGCCUGCAAGCGCUCGUUCUAGCCCGCAAAGAGAGUUCAGAUGCAUGGUUCGCAUCUUUGAAGCCUCAUGUUCAAGCAGCCUAUCGUCUCGAUUCCCCCGUCGGGUAUUUGCAGAUUCCUGUUUUCAUUGAGCUGAUCCGAGGCUGUGGCUACCCGGAAUGGGAAGCUUUGGCUUCCGAGUUGACUCAGGGCCUGCCGAUGCUUGGCAGGUUGCGUCCAUCUCCAGGCUGGCUGCCGAGAUUGGACGAGAAAUACCAGGAGCCCAUUUCGUUGGCAGCUUUCUCUGUUCUGAAUAAGCAUCACGUCGAGCAGCGGCUGCAAAAUCCACGAGUGGACGCGGAGUGGGAGUGUCUGCUCAAAGAGGUGAUGCAGGAGGUUUCUGAGGGCCGCAUGGAAGGCCCAUUCCGGGGCACCGGCUUCCUGGAAGCGACAAACGGUUGCAGUGGCCGACGCCCCUGGUUUCGACCAGCUACUGGAGUGUCCUGA